UUCCAAUCUUCUUCCUCGUGAACUUCAUCCCGCUCACCGAACAACAUGUUCGCCUUUCGACUUUCGGUGCUUCUUCCGUCUUUCCUUUUCUUAAUAACGACAGUUAAUGCCCUUCAUUUCUACUUGGAUGCAAACGAAAAGCGAUGUUUUGUGGAAGAACUGCCAUCAGACACGGUGGUUGAGGGGCAUUACAGAGCGUUAGAGUGGGCUGACAGCACCCAACAAUAUAUUCUAAACGAGGAACUCGGAAUCAUAGUUGAAGUGGAGGAAAUGGAAACGUCACACGUCGUCACAAAGACGAGAGGUCCGUCCGACGGUCGUUUCACAUUCACCUCCCACGAAUCAGGCGACCACUCCAUUUGCAUUUCCACCAACUACACGUCAUGGUGGUCAAGCACGCACAUCAAGCUCUAUCUGGACAUCGUCGUAGGAAGCACGAAACCAGACAUCGAGAGCGACCGUACCCACAUCGGCGAACUUAGCAGCAAACUCCGCGACCUCAACCAAAAACUUGAAGAAAUUCGGAGGGAACAGCAGUACCAGCGGGAGAGAGAGGCGGAUUUCCGAAAUUUGAGUGAGAACACCAAUUCAAAGGCUGUUUGGUAUAGCGUGUUGCAGAUUGGAGUGCUCAUUGCUACGUGCACGUGGCAGUUACGACAUUUGAAGCGUUUCUUUGCGGAUAAACGGUAGUCUGAUAUUAUUAUAAUGGACUGGUGGCUACUGGUGGUCGCUUUGAGGUCCGCGGGUAUCACCGCUUUGAACCUGCCUUCCGUUGUCAAGCGGAUCAAAUUUAGUGACCUGACAAGUUAAAAACUUCAAAUCGCCAUAAACUAAUAUAUGCACAAACAGGAUACGCUGCUGGUCAAAGUUCAAGGCACCUACAACUGUUAGAUCAUUCGACAUUUGUUUCCAAUGCUCAUUAGGUUGUGGCAUUUGCCAAGUACUCUGGCUCAGUUCAACUGUUUGGGAUAUUACUUGAACGUCAGGCACAUGUCAUCAUGACAUUGGCAGUAGCGUAAGAGUGUCACCGGGUUUUCGCUGAUAUAGUUUGAGAGGAGGGUUGCCAAGCAUGUGCGUUGUUGAGCCCAGUGUGCUGCAUGCACUGUCUUCGUUCUAUUUUACCUGCCUAUAGGACACUGAGAACACUAUUAAAAACCGAGUAAAUGAAUUUGAUUGGUUGAUG